CGUCAACUUGAGCUUGCGUCAACUGAAUAUUAUGCUGAAGAGAGGAAUCUCUCUGCCAUUGAAUCAGUCCUGAUCAAGACUUGGAUCUGACGACAUGAUGCAUUCCCCCAGUCAUCUAUCCAAGGCCAACAUCACCUUCGCUCUGGAUCUAUUCAGAAAGCUGAGUGUGGACGAUAAUACUUCAAAUAUCUUCUUCUCUCCGUUCAGCAUCUCUGGAGCGCUUGCUAUGGUGAUGCUGGGAGCCAAAACAAAUACAGCCACACAGAUGUCAGAGUGCUUGAAGACCCAGGAUUGUCAGAAUGAUUUCCAUAUUCAGUUUGCCAAACUUCUGAAUGAGCUCAACCAUCCAGACACUCGGUUUCUUCUCAGUGUUGCCAACAGACUGUAUGGAGAGCAGUCCUACCAUUUUAUUCAGGAAUUCAUAACCCAAACCAAAACUCACUUCCACUCAAAGCUAGAGUCUGUGGACUUCAAAACCUGCUGGGAUGAGGUCAGGGUCAAGAUCAACAGCUGGGUAGAGGAGCAGACACAAGGUAAAAUCAAAGAUAUUGUGAGUGAUGGCAUGGUGAACAACAACACCAAGAUGGUCUUGGUUAAUGCCAUCUACUUCAAAGGCAACUGGAAUAAAGCUUUCCCAAAAUCCAGCACCUGUAAGGCUGAGUUUAAACUCAAUAAGAAUGAGACAAGAUCUGUGCAGAUGAUGGAACAGAGCAGUAACUUCAACCUUGCCUUCAUUCCUGAAGUCAAGUGUCAGGUGUUGGAGAUGCCUUACAAAGGGAUGGAAAUGAGCAUGCUAAUCUUUUUACCUGAAGAAAUAGAAGAUGAUACAACAGGUCUAGAAAAGCUGGAGAGCCUCCUGACCUAUGAGAAAUUCCUGGAGUGGACUCAACCAGACGAUAUGGAAAGCUGUGAGAUUGAUGUAAGGCUGCCUCAAUUCAAGAUGGAGGAAACGUAUAACCUGAAUGAGGUCCUGCGCAGCUUGGGCAUGGUUGACGCUUUUGAAGAAUCAACAUGUGACUUCUCUGGAAUGUCAAGUAACAAGGGGCUCUUUUUGUCCAAAGUCUGCCACAAGGCUUUUGUAGAGGUGAAUGAGGAGGGUACAGAAGCUGCUGCUGCUACUGCUGGCAUUAUGGCAGAUUGUGCUUCCUUCUUCAACGCAGAUCACCCCUUCCUCUUCUUCAUCCGCCAUAACCCCACCAUGUGCAUUCUCUUCGCUGGACGCUUCUGCUCCCCCUGAGUGAGAACUGUGUCCUUUGAAACUGUGACUCUUAACUGGAUGGAUGGAUGGAUGGAUGGAUGGAUGGAUGGAUGGAUGGAUGGAUGUGCAAAUUCAAUAGCUAGAGUCCUCUGCACAAUGCAUAGAAAGCUGAUAUAAAGCAUUAAUCUGCAAUGCUGCAAAUGAACUCUUAAUCAUUGCGGGGUUCAAAUCAUGCCUCUCUAUCUGGCAGUUAAUGAGUUUGGGUCUGGUUCUCGUCAGGAGUAAGAAACCCGUCUUUCUCCUGACGAGUGGAAGGCAAUAAUUUAAAGAUUUGAAUAAAGGGAGUUUGAUUAUUUUCCUGAGACAUGAAUUAUUAUUGCUUAGUCAUAGCAAGAUAUCGUGGACAGUUUUAUGCUCUUAGCCUUGUUGAAUUAAAUGUGCAAGGCUCCUUUAGAUACCUUGGAGCAGAAUGUGAUCUUAUCUUAAACACCCUAAAAAUGAUCCCUAUAACCUUCCUUUCAGUUGAAACCCUUGAACUGAAGUUGUGAACUAACAAAUAAGUGCACUACAUGCCUGUUGUCCACACGAUUGCACUGUUAAUGAGGUAAUAAUAAUGAUUUUAAAAUUCUUAAAGCACCUUUGUAUUUUUCAUAUGUUACUGUAGCGGAGAUGCUUAGAUAACCAAGGGGCAGGCUUUCUACAGCAAUUGAAAAUAUGCACUCAACCAGUUUUAAUAAAUCUUUAUAAGUAGGCUGUGAACCUUAAGCUGACAAACGUUAUUUUUUUUUCUUUUUAUUGACCGUUUGUAAAACAGAUUGAUAGAUGAAGAUCAAAGGUGGUAUUUCCACUGGUGUAGAGGACGCUGUGAAUUAAUCUUUAUUUUCUCCACAGAGUAAUGUGAAUUGAAUUAGUUGUUUUCCUAAUAUGUUCCUUUGAAAUGCCAAAGCUGGGAGCCUAAUUUUUUUUUUAUACAUUUUGAUUCUCCAUGGUUCUUAGACAUACAGAAUCUCAUUUAACUUGGAUUCCACUGCAUAUGUAAUGAGUUUCUUUAUCUGUUCCUUCUUCCAUUGCUAUGUUUACCUUGUUCUUUUAGUAUUUACUAAGAAGUUGAUUUGAAUGUUAAUAGCCCAGCAAAGAGUUAACUGGAAUGUUAAUAUUAUGUUAAUAAAUCUGUAUUUGGGAAAA